AUGGUUGACAACAUUUCGGGAGUACCGGUGCUCUCAACCGACACAGACAACUGUGCCAUCUAUGGUAAGUACUCGUUGCGCAGACAUCACAUCCCUGUCCAUCACCACAGCUGUGAACGUCACUACAGUCUCUCCAUUAAUACACAGCAAACAGUGUUGGAGUUCAAGGAUAUCCCCUUCAAUACAACACAAACAGAGUGUAUAACAAGCGUUUUCAUAGUGGGGGCCAAACGGACCCCAUUUGGCGCAUACGGCGGUGCCUUACGGGACGUGUCGGCUAUAGACUUGGGAAUAGUGGCCUCAAAGGCCGCACUACAGGCCGCCAACGUUAAGCCCGAACUCGUGGACUCCGUUACCGCCGGUUGUGUCACUCAAGUGUCGUCCAAUGAGGGACCGAUGAUCGCCCGAUCGGUUGGCCUCAAGUCUGGCGUUCCCCUACCG